CCCUCAAAUCCAUUCCAAAGCCUCCAAUCAGGCAAAGGCAAAGGCAAAGCCUCUUCCCCCUCUCUCUCUCUACACACACUCUCUCUCUCAAAAAUUUCCCAAAAUUAAAAAAGAAAAAGAAAAAUGGAGAUAGAGCGGAGCACAGCUGAUCAGGUCGCCAAGAAGGCGUGGAGCCUACUGAAGGCCGUCUUCUUCAUGCUGAGGAAAGGUCUCUUGAAGGGCAAGUUCGUCGUCGACCUACACGUCCUCCUCAAGCGGGGCAAGCUCGCUGGCAAGGCCUUCGGCAACCUCAUGGUCCACCACUACUCCGCUGUCAGCUGCCGCUCCGACGACGCCCACCUCUCCUUCGUCUCCCCCCGCGAGUACGAGUUCUCCUGCAGCAACAGCCCCGCUGACUACACCUACUUCCACUACAGCCGCAACAGGCAUGGCCUUGGCCUCGGGUACAACCACCGCCGCAGCAGCGCCCGCCUCCCCAAGCCUAAUGUGGCGACCCUCGCCGCGGUGCAGAGGGUGCUGGAGAUGCUCAACAACGAGGCCGCUGCCGCCGUGGAGGGGUCGCCAGCCGUGGCGCUGCCAGGGUUCGGGAAGAGCCCGAUGGGGAGGCAGCUGAGGAUAACCGACUCGCCGUUUCCGUUGAAAGACGACGGGGACAGCCACCAGGUCAACGUGGCAGCGGAGGAGUUCAUCAAGAACUUCUACAAGGACCUGAGGUUGCAGAAGGUUAACAUGGCCAACCUCGACUCGCCUUACCACUACGGCACAUGGAGUUGAUGAGAAAUUCGCCAAAAAAACAAAUGUUUCCUACUUCGCGAUUUAAUUUGGCACGCCAAAAAUUUCUGUGCUGGACCUGGCUCUGUCAUAUAUAUUGACAAAAUGGUUCUCGAAUUGAUCCGACGGAUCCAGUCUGGUGCAUGCAAUAACAAUUUUCUAAGGGACAAGCAUAUCCACGGUGAGAGAUGAGCUCUGACAAGAUAGGUGACUUGCCAAAAACAUGUCUGGGGUACGGAAAUCGACCGUACGUAUCGGUACAUGGUAUAGCUUGUUAAUUAUACGGCAAAGAGGGUUUCUUGUGGAUAUAACAAUCUGAUUAUUCUACCCUUCCUUUCGGGUGCAAGGAUUAGAGAGAACUUUUGUCUUUCCUUUUCUUGGUGGUUUUGCUUUCUCUUAUUUGUAUGCCCAAUUUAAUGCCUUUUCUUGUCACCUACCGGUAAUAGAAUGAAAAAGAAGCAAUGCAGAGGGGUUCUUAAAACGUAAAAAGAAAAAAAAAAAAGAGGGAAAAAAAAGAAAAAACACGGGGGUAAGUGGCCAGGCCAUCAUGGCAGGGUAGGUGGAUUUUUUGUUUUUGUUUUCUUUUUUUAUUUAAAAAAUAUGAUUUUAUGGAUAAUGAGUGUCUUCAAUUUAUUACCCAAAACUCAUUAAUCCUAUUCAGAUAUUAACUUGUCCUUGCAAAUGAGAUGUUUCAAUAUGUUUUGACCCCUACGCUGUACGAAAAAUUCACUUA